AUGUUCCCAGUAACUUGCAGCUAUCGUUGGUGGGGUGGGCUUCAGAGGAGAAUCUGCCUGAGCCGGCAAGUGCCGAGCAAGUGGCACAUUGAGCAGAUGCAUGUCCAAGUUGGAGACCAUGCUGAACUCAGCAGGGCCUUCACACAGAGGGACGUGGCCGCCUUCUCAGAAUUAACGGGGGAUGUCAAUCCUUUGCAUUUAAAUGAAGAGUUUGCAAAACACACCAAGUUUGGAAAGACAAUUGUACAUGGAGUUUUGAUCAAUGGGCUUAUUUCGGCUCUCCUGGGAACUAAAAUGCCAGGGCCAGGCUGUGUUUUACUUUCACAGGAAAUUAGCUUUCCAGCCCCUUUAUAUGUUGGAGAAGUUGUUUUAGCUUCCGCAGAAGUACAAAAGCUAAAGCGGUUCAUUGCUGUUAUUGCAGUGUCGUGUUUUGUAAUAGAAAGUAAAAAGACUGUUAUGGAAGGCUUGGUUAAAGUUAUGGUCCCAGAAACUCCCAAAUCCUGAAACGUGUGUAAAGAUGCACGUUCAGGUGCUGGUGGUACUAUUCGUGAGGAGCCUCUGAGGAAAAUAGGUUUUGCUGCUCUUCACUGAAGGAUGGCUUAUAGACCCAGAAGCCUGAGUUGGGGAAGGGGAGCAGGGAGAGGGGUGUGCAAAAGUCCUCUAUCCAAUCCAGUUUUAUGCUUCACGCAGACUUGAGUAUAUUCAUCAUCUGUCUAGGUUUUUAAAAUUGAAAAAUUAUUGGGAAGGUUAUUUAGCUGAAGGUUCUACUUUUAGGAUUUCACAUCUAGUUAGAUACACAUUUGGAUAACACAAACCUGCCUGUGUCUGUGGAGAGUAAAUUCCUCACUGAAUUUAUAACUACCAUUUAAUUAUUGAGGACAACAGAAGUCAGGUUGUCUUUGAACACCUACCUUCUACCAGUCAGCAUUCUUAGAUCCUGUUGAGUAGUUUCCAGGUCAGAGUUUAUUGUAAUUUGUUCCCGUUUAUACCACGAUGGCACCUUGUUCCAUCAUCAGUGGCAUUUGUCUUCCAGAUGCUUUUCCUGUUAUUGGAGAACGGCUUAUGCACACACUUGGACUCAUUUAUGUAAACUCUGUCAAUCUCAUGCAUAAAACAAGGAUAAGGACACCUACCACACAGGAUUGUUGGAGUUGAUAGAUGCAAAUCUCUAAGUACCAGGUCUAGCCUGUAAAGUAGCCACUACUGUCAUCCAUUUUCCCCUGUCAGUGAGGUUAGAGAUUGUCCUCAGUUUAAAGCAAACUGGCCCACAACUAAACAGAUGACAAGCUAAUUUUUCAGGAUGUCAAUCAGUCUAAACCUGGACUAGUUUGCAUGCAAAAUUUGUUUUGAUAAUCCAGAUUAUUUUCUCCCUCCCUUGAAAAUACUGUGGAUUCUCCCCUUUAUAAAUAAUACAUACUUAUUGUAAACAUAUUGUAAGAAAUAAAAUGUAUAAGGAACA